AAGAUUAUUAUGAUAUCGUCUUAUAUUCGUAUCGUAGGUAAGCUGUCGUUAUACAGGUUGUUGACUUAAAACUAGCACUUUGCGAUCAAGAUUAAUUUUUUGAGCGGAGUGGCGAGUGGAAACAUUACAAAUCAUUUGUUCAUCUUAAUCCGGCCCAACUUUUCACCAAUGGACAACGUUGAAUGAAGACCCCUUAUCUUAUAUUCUUUCCUGGAUUGGAUUUUCGAUUUGGAAUAACUUCAUAAUAAGCGAAAAAUACGUUUCCACACCAGCAGAGGAGAGGCGUUUGAUGAUGGCUUUUGUCCCACUCUCAAAACCCCUUCUUAUGCUCACGAUAUCGAUGCUGUUUAUACACGAAGGUUGCUGCCUAUCGUGUCCGAAUGGUUGGAUGCAGCGACAGGGGACGUACGACUGUUACCAGAUCAAAUCAGACCUCACAACAUGGGAUCAGGCAAGGGCUAACUGCCACGCCAUAGAAGGAGAUCUUACCUCACUAGACAAAGCUGGAGAAAAUGAAUGGCUGAAAGCUCAGCUCGGUGGGUUUAGUGAGGAUUUCUGGAUUGGAUUAAGUGAUCCCAAUGGUAACCUGGCUUAUGUAUGGAGUGAUGGAUCAAUAUAUGAUCCAAAUUUAUCGAACUGGGCUAGUAAUCGUCCUAGUCACAGUAAGGGUACUAAGGCUUGUGUAGCAAUGGGCUAUAAUCAGAACUGGUACUGGAUCGAUGAGGAUUGUGGUUCUAGGAAAGGAUAUGUAUGCCACAGAACUCUCACUCAACCAGUUCGCUGUGACGAGUCAAAUGGAUGGACAGAGCAAUUCCAGAAUUGUUAUUAUACUUCAACAAACUGGAUGACUUUUGACGACGCUCAGGAAUACUGUACACGUUAUGAUGGUAACCUCAUGGAUGUAGUCGAUGAAGAAGAACAGAUGUUUCUAUCAGAGUUGGUACAGGAAGCAAGGGGUUCCUUUUGGAUUGGAUACAAAAGUGUGGGUGGACUGGAUGAUUUCAGGUGGACAUCUGGACAUGGAACGGGUUAUGAACACUGGGGAACUAAUGAACCAAGCAUGGACUCAGAUGAGGAAUGCACUCAGGUGAUCUAUCAGAGCACGUCAACUGGUAACUGGUCGACAGCAGACUGUUUUUGGGGAAGGAAAUUCAUUUGCGAGAAACCAACUGGUAUGUGUUAUCCAGGUUGGAGGAUACAUGAUGGUUACUGCUAUCAACUGGUAUCCUCCUCACCUACCACGUGGGAUGAUGCUAAAGAUAAGUGUGAAGCGCAGGGAAGCACAUUGCUCACUAUCAAAAAUGAAAAAGAGCAAGAAUUCAUCAAUGAACAGCUUCCUGUCCUGUGGCAAAAUGGAAUCCCGAGUAUCUGGCUUGGCAUCUCUGAUACGUUGAAAGACGGAGAAAUGAAAUGGACCGACGGUACAGCUUACGACGAUUCAGCAUACCAGAACUGGCCUGCUGGUAACAAACCAGCUAACAGAGAAGGCGAACAACAAUGUGGAUCUAUUUAUACCGGUUCUUCAGUUGGGCAAUGGGACUAUGGUGAUUGUUUUAAUCUCUUUGACUACACCUGUAAGAUUCGAGAAGGAGCACCUAUUACUCCAGUGGAUCCUGAUCGACCAACGGGCUACUGUCCAGCUGACUGGUAUAUCUACAAUGACCACUGCUACUUUAUGGAAGAAACGGGAGUAACUUAUACUGAUGCACAACAAAACUGUAAUGAUAAGGGAGGCAAACUGGCAAGCAUCCAUACGACAGAAGAAAUGUCAUUCAUAGAAUUACAUCUUCAAGCAAAUGACUACUAUGUUGGACUUGAAAGAAAAGGUGCUGGAAUAAACGAUUUCCAAUGGACUGACGGAACUCAGUUUGAUUACCACAACUGGGACAUUGGUGAACCAAAUAACGCCGGUAGCAACGAAGAUUGUGUUCAUGUACGAGGGCCAUAUACCACCCCAUCAGGAGUGUGGAAUGACGUUUCAUGUAAUCGGAAAUAUGCUUCUAUUUGCAAGAAAAAAGCAGAUGAGUCGACCCCGCCUCCUCCCACAAAUCCACCUGAUGUUGGAUGCUAUGAACCAUUUCAGCAAUAUAAGGGGAAUGCAAUAGUGACUGUAGAUGGAAACCUAUGUUAUAAUUGGGAAGAUGCGAACCGAGAGUAUAAUCCAAUAGACUACCCCGAUAAAGAUUUAACGGAGAACUACUGUCGGAAUCCAAACAAUGCUGCCAAGCCUUGGUGUUAUAUUGAGUUUGGCUUCCAGGAUUGUGAUGUACCUCAAUGCAAUGCUCCUGUUGACUGUUACGAAGGUGAUGGGUACGUGUACCGAGGAAAGUAUGACAAGACAGAAAACGGUAGUACCUGUCUUCCUUGGGCUUCCCUCGACGAUUCGGCUUACUUCAACCCUCGAUCCUUUCCAGAAGAAGGUCUGGAGGGUAAUUACUGUCGAAACCCAGCUGGAUCCGGAAAUGGUCCAUGGUGUUACUAUAACAAGAAAGCUGAAGGGUACGCAUACUCCUAUUGUGGAAUCCCCAAGUGCAAUACUACUGGUUGCUAUGAGGGAAACGGUGCCAACUAUAGAGGAUCAGCGAAUGAAGGAGAGAAUGGACAGACGUGCGUAAAGUGGGAAGAAGCGACAAGUCGGCCAUAUAACCCUACCACGUAUCCUAAUGCUGGAUUGGAUCAUAAUUACUGUCGCAAUCCAAGCCAGGACGACGAGCCAUGGUGUUACGUAAGAGACGAUAACCAAGGCCUUGUACAGGAACCAUGUCUUGUCCCACAUUGCACCAUUGAAGUUGGAUGCUAUGUCGGGAAAGGGAUGUCGUAUCGCGGACAUGCAAAUUACAUUUCUUUAGGACGGACCUGCUCUGACUGGGUCAACUUCAUCGAUGAAUUUUACCCAGUGCCAUUGAGCGAAUUCACGAUGCAGCCGCUCAAAUCCAUCCUUCCAGUGGCACCAAGUAUCAGCGAUAUCAGCCUCUCUGAGUGUGCCCAUGAGUGUCUUCAUCGAGCUGAUUUCUUCUGCAAAUCGUUUAAUUACCACACGGCGAGUGGCGGGAGUGACCGAUCUCGUUGUCUCUUGAGCGCUAAGAACAGUAAAGAUGUGGAAUUAGGCUACGACCCAGAACAAGACUAUUAUGAGAGAAACCAAACAUAUGGGCUGGAGGAGAAUUAUUGCCGAAAUCCGAAUGGAGCGAUGGGUCCAUGGUGUUACUUUUGGGAUCCGAUACACAACCAAACAGACUGGUCAUAUUGUUCAGUACCAGAAUGCAAUCCUGAAGAUGUAGGAUGCUACGAUCCGAGGGUCCGAGGCACUACUUACCGCGGUCCAGCUCGCACCACAGCAUCUGGUCAUAUCUGUGUGGAAUGGAAGGACACUUAUUGGAUUCCUGAUAAUUAUCCGAAUGCAGGUUUGGAUGAGAAUUACUGCCGUAAUCCUUCUGUAUUCAUCGCGGAUGCUCCAUUCUGUAUGUAUAAAGCGGCUCACAAUGAACAGGGGUACAUGAGAGAGUUAUGUGACAUCCCUCAGUGUAAUGUACAAGAAGCUUGUGGGGGCGAGGGAUGGAGAGCUGACCCAUCUGAGGAAUGGUGUUAUAAGAUAGAACAGGAUUCAACGCUAAGUUUCGAUGAAGCACAACAAGCGUGUGAGGGUGAAGAUGCCAAUCUCCUCAGUAUCUUAUCCGAGGCGGAGUCGAAUCUUAUAGUCGGAAUGAUCUCAUUAUCACCAGUAGAAGGUUUCUGGAUAGGAGCAAAUGAUCGAUUUCAGGAGGCAGGCUGGGAAUGGACAGAUGCAAGUCCUUUCUCUUACUUAAAUUGGCAACCAGGUCAACCAGAUAACCUUCAGGGGAUUGAAGAAUGUGUGUAUAUGGCAAGAGGAAACGGAAUGUGGUCCGACGAAAAGUGUGAUCUUACGUUUCCUUACAUCUGCAAGAAAAGAAGCAAGAAUGUCAUUGGCUCUUCUGUCGCACCAACAACCCUAGCUCCCGGAUCUUUGUGUCCAACGGAUUGGGAAGGCUACGGCUCUCAUUGCUACUUGGUACAGCGAGACUUUGUCUCAUGGACUAAGGCUCGAGCCAGUUGCGACUUGCUGGAUGCUAAACUUGCUACCAUACAUAGUGAAGGCGAAAUGACGCACAUCGCCGGUCUGCUUUCAAGAGGUAUGAUCGCACGUAGUAAUUCAUGAUUGCGUGUGUGGGUGAGUGAUGUGGGUAUUGUGGGUGUGUUAGAGAGAGUACAUAAUGUGUGCGUGAAUGAUGAUGAGAGAGGAGGUGUAUAUUAGUAAAGGGUGGGAAGUACAGUUUGUGAGAGGAUGUUUAUAGGCAUGCAGAGUGACGUCCAGGGGUGGGACAGGGGCAAUUUUAGAAUAGUAAGAGAAAUAGUAGAGAACAAAGAAAAAAACCGAGAAGAAAGAAGGAAGAGGAGU